UUAUAGCAGAAAGGGUGGUCCGAGACAGAGAAAAACGGAAAAAGGGUGCUUGCUUUGCCACUUUCACCGGAUCAAUUAAUCAAUUUCACCCAUUUUCAAGAUGGAUGUCGGUCGUUCUGGUCCCGGACCUUUAGACGGGAGUUUGUUGACAUUACAGUCUGUGCACAGGUCUCAGGUUGUGUGGGACAACAUAGAGCCACCCCCUGAUUUCAGAUUGAGGACAAACUUUGGGGAGUAUUGGAAGCAAGUUCGAGCCCACAGACCGCAUCAGAUGAUCAUGGAUGCAAUCAGGGAUUUAGGAUUUGAUUGCAUAUUUAGGCUGGGACAGUUCAAGCACGACAGGGGUUUGAUUACAGCCUUUAUCGAGAGAUGGCGUGGAGAGACGCACACCUUCCACCUGCCGUUCGGAGAGGCCACUAUCACUCUUGAGGAUGUGCAUCACAUUCUCGGGUUACCCACUGAGGGUGAUCCACUCAUCCUCCGUGGAGCGAGUACCAGCGUGGAGGAAAGGCGCGUGCUAGUAGGCGAAUUUCUUGGGCUAUUACCAGAAGCCAAGGACGAUGUUAACCGAGGUGGUUUAAAGAUCAAAUGGCUUGUGGAUAACUUCGGGUCUUGUGAGCGGUUGGAGCAGUUGGAUCCAGAGGAUAUAGGUUAUGGUGUACAGCUUACCUACCAUAUUCGGGCGCACCUACUAUGCGUUAUUGGAUCAUUGUUCCCCCACAGCAGCGGGAACCGCGUGCAGCUUGACCUUCUAUGGUUAAUGAGGGACAUGGACCAGCUGCGUCGGUAUAGCUGGGGUAGUGCUGUUCUUGGCUUCCUAUACCAGAAGCUAUGUUCUUCUAGCCCUACUAUGCCCUGUCUCGCUUCUCGAUACUCCAACAACCGCAUCUCCGUAGCAAACUUCAUCUUCUCCGCAUCCCUUUCCAUGGCAAUUGAAACAAGUCUUCUCGUUUUUGUACAACUCCAUUCUUCCAUCCCGUCGUCAAGCUUUCUAGAUUGUUUCUGCUUGUCCAUGAGAUGUUUUUAG